AUGACCAAUCCUAUGACCAAAUCGGACGCUGCUAGAGUCCAGUCAUCUCAGGCCAAGAACGGCGGAGACAUGUCUUCGGCUGGGUUUGCUGCGCGUGCUCAGGCCGCCGGCGAUCGCAACGAAAGCCAUGGAAAUGCCUCUGGCCACGGAAAAAAUUCUGGUUCUGGGGCCGAUGCGGGAUCCAAGAAAUGA